UUUGAAAAAUAUUUCAUAUUCUAAAUUUUAACUAAUAUUUUAAAAUACAAAAAAAAUUGACUACUAAUUGUUAUUUACCCUCAUGUUUUAACCCAAUAACUUUUAGGUUCUUAAAUUUUGAGGUUUAAGACCUAAACCCACAACGGCCACAUGGGAAUGGACGGGUACGUUGUUCCGGCGGACCCGGCCGUUGAGAUGACACCGCCGCCUCCUGCAGCGGUAGUGAUCGCUGCCGUGAAGAAGAAGACUCAGCCGGCGACUAGUUGGAUUCUCGUCGAUUCCGCCGGCGAAGGCACCAUUCUCGACGCCGACAAACAUGCCAUCAUGCACCGCGUCCAGAUUCACGCUCGCGAUCUCCGGAUUCUCGAUCCUCUGCUGUCUUACCCUUCCGCAAUUCUCGGCCGUGAGAGGGCCAUCGUUCUCAACUUGGAGCACAUCAAGGCGAUCAUCACUGCUGAGGUGGUCUUGCUGAGAGAUCCAUCGGAUGAAAAUGUUGUUCCUGUUGUCGAGGAGCUUCAGAGGCGAUUGCCGCAUGCAAGAGAAAGUCAAGUGAGUGGAGAAAACCAUGGCACCCAGCAAACUGAUGUUGAUGGGGGUGAAGAAGAUGAAUCUCCUUUUGAAUUCCGUGCUCUGGAGGUCGCUCUGGAAGCCAUUUGUAGCUUUCUAGCUGCAAGGACAACAGAAUUAGAGACUGCUGCUUACCCUGCAUUGGAUGAACUAACUUCAAAGAUUAGCAGUCGCAAUUUGGAUAGAGUUCGUAAAUUGAAGAGUGCAAUGACAAGGUUGACUGCCCGGGUCCAGAAAGUCCGAGAUGAGCUUGAACAAUUACUGGAUGAUGAUGAUGAUAUGGCUGACCUUUACUUGUCGAGGAAGUUAGCUAGCUCUUCACCAACUAGUGGCUCUGGUGUCAAUUGUUUUGCUGCUUCCCCCACCAUAGGUUCAAAAAUCUCUAGGGCUAGCAGGGCAAGCAUGGUGACAGUUCAUAGUGACGAGAAUGAUGUGGAGGAGCUUGAAAUGUUGUUGGAGGCUUACUUUAUGCAAAUUGAUAGCACAUUGAACAAAUUAACCACGUUGCGAGAAUACAUAGAUGACACUGAGGAUUACAUCAACAUUCGGCUUGACAACCAUCGAAACGAGCUUAUUCAGCUGGAGUUGUUUCUCAGCGCCGCAACUGUAUGUUCGUCAAUAUAUUCUUUGGUGGCCGGAAUAUUUGGCAUGAACAUCCCUUUCACAUGGAAUGUGGGCUAUGGAUAUAUAUUCAUUUGGGUGGUAGUAUUAACAGGUAUAUUGUGUCUAAUUGUGUUCCUGGGAAUCAUGUCCUACGCACGGUACAAGGGCCUGAUUGGAUCUUGAAGUUGCCUGCGCUGCAUAUUGGCCCUUGGUGAUGAUAUAUCCUCUGUUUAAGAUCAUGGUUGGGAAGGCUAUCUGAGCUUUCGUCCGGCAUGAAGAUGCCAACUCUGAUUCUCUCACCGCCAACUGCUGUACCGCUGGAUUUUUUUAUCGGAGCUGGGAUGUCGUUAACAAGUUGGGUCUAAUGAUCAUGCCAAUCCGAGUUGUAAGGGCUUGCUAGCGCCUUCUGGACUUUUUUGCAGGUGUUAAUCAUGGAGAAAGACGGCAGUCAACGAUUCGGAGCUUCGUCGCAUCCACGGAUGCUCCGAAUCACGUGUUGAACUUGGCUUCAAUAACUCUCAAACAAAGCAAAACAAAUGUAAAACAGCAGCAGCAGCAGCGGGUGUCAGCACAUUCAGACGACGGCAGCACCAAUAUGGGCGUGAAUUAUUCCAUAGAUAUGUGACAUUAAAUAUGGAGCAGCUAGUAUAAAGACGUUGGGCUAGUAUGACAUUAAACAUUAUACAGUAUGCAGUAUUAUAGACCAUUAUGGCAUUUAGAUCUCGGGAUGACCUGAUAUUAUACAUUAUGAAGAUUUAUUUAUGAGUUAGCAUUGACUACUAUAACCAGUGACUGUGCACAGUCACAGUGGCGGAACCAGAAAAUUGGUCAAGGGGGUGUCUUUAUCAUAUCAUAAAAAAUCACAUAUACGAUAGAAAAGUCAACUUUAAAUUAAACAAAAAGUCAACAACGCA